AUGGAAGAAAAGUAUGUUUUUCCACUUUUUGAGAAAAUUAUACUUAAAUUUCCAAAUCACGAAGAAGCAAAGAACAAAUUAAAGGAGUUUAAUAAGGAAAAAUUUUGUAUUGUUGAAGGAGUUGAUUGGGAAAAAGCCCAAAUAGAUUCUGAGGACUUGAAAAUAAAAGGAUUUAGUAAUGUAGGGAAAACAUUCACCGCAGCAGGAGGAAGAGCAACCCCAACCGAAAACCCCGAAACAACCACCGGAACCCACCCCACGGGAACCGAAGAAACUGGAAAUACCUCCGAACCCGAAACCACCGGGACACCACCCGAACCAGCGACCACCGGGGCAUCAGCACAAACGCCAGAACCAAACACCACACCUCCUCCUAAACCCAUUAGCGUUUAUGACUAUUUUGAAACAAAAAGUGGACUUAUAAAUGAAGACCAUGUGGACAGCCAACGGAAGUUCAUUAAAUAUGGAUUUCUCAAAAAUAAACUUAAAGAAAUUUAUCCGCAAAGUCAAGGCUCUCAAAAUGAUAAUCCUCCCCCGGGUGGAGGCGAGCCCGCUCAGACUAGAAAAAAUGCUAUUCAAACCAUCACGGCUGCUCUAAAUUUAGAACCCGUUGUAAAGGAAAGCGAGUUAAAUGCUGAAUUUCAGGGCUGA